AUGCAACGCUCUCAUUCUUUGUGGUUGUUUGCUACAUACAUUAAAAGACAGAUGCCAUUUCCUGAAUUUAGCUGUGUAGCGAUGCUGGAUGAUCUCAGAAUUUUGUAUUAUAAUGGUGAGACGAAAACUCUCCAUCCAAGAGAAAACAAUACAGCUGAAGAUGAUGUGUUUGAUUCAAAUGUUCUCCUCACAAUAAGUGACUACAUACAAUCAUCUUUUAUUAGCAAAUGGGCAGUCGCGAAAAAAAAUGUAAACAAAACUGACAGUGUUCUUGCCCUUCAGAGGCUGGUUGUGUGUGAGCUGAGGGACAAUGGUGAACCGGGACAAAUGAUCACAAGAGAUGCUGUCAGAGGAUCCACCACUGAUGAACUGCUAUAUGUUGACAAGAAAUUUACAUAUCAGGGCACUUUAAAUGUCUCAGCCCAAGUGCUGAGUAUUCAUCUUGAAUUCAGCAUGAGGCAUCAUGAAGUUUUAUACCAACCAUUCUGCAUCAAAACACUCAAGGGUUACCUUGAAAAAAGGAGAAAUCAAGUUAAUAGAAAAGUGAAACCCAAAGUCAGGCUCCUCCAGCAAAAGAGCCAGUCUUCUAGGUUUCGUGUGACUUGUUUGGCAACAGGAUUUUACCCUCGUCACAUCAACCUGACCCUGUUCAGAGACGGGCAGCCUGUAGCUGAUCAUGAGAUCACUGGAGGAGAUCUGCUGCCCAAUGGUGAUGGGACGUACCAGAUGAGGAAGAGUCUGGAGAUCAGAGCUGCAGACAAACACAAAUACACCUGCUCUGCCACACACCUCAGUCUGGACAACAAACUGGACGUCACUUUAGAAUUUGAUCCAGGUGAACCAUUUAAAUCAGUGAUUUCUUCAGUGCUGAUAGUUUUGGCUCUGGUCUUGGUGUUUGGAACUGGAGUCGUCAUAUAUAAAUGCAGAAGGAGACGAGGAGGUAGUACAAGAACUGAAAUUCUGUAA